AUGGGGAACAACCCCGAUGAAGUGUUCAUGCGAUUCUUUCGCGAUAUGGAAGAGCGCCGAGUGCUGUACGAUAUUGAUUACGCCGACAUGUGCGAUUGCCCGGAAUGUGAAGCCGAGCGCGCCGUGUGCGAUUGCGAGGAAUGUGAAGCCGAGCGCGCCGACAUGUGCGAUUGCCCGGAAUGUCGAGCCGGGCGCAUCCCCGAAGUUCUGGCGUACAGUCCGAAGUAUGAGCCCAAGCGCCCGCGCGCUGGCACCGGGAAGGGCGCGAGGAAGGGUAAAGGAAGCACGUCCGGCGAGGCCGCCUCCUCGGAGGUCGCCGAGACGUCAAAGGCAACGAAGACCUCGAGUGCGUCGGAGUGUCCGAGAGACAGAAAAUGUAAGUCGCGUUGGGACGCGUUUCAGAAUCGGUGCGCGGUGUGCGCGAGGAGGAUGAAAGAGUCGAAGGGCGGCACGCUGUGGUCGGCCUAUCGGAGCAAGGCGUACGUGAAGGAUACGACGAACAAGAUUUUGGAUAUGCUCAGCUGGGCGUCUACCGAGAAACUAUACGUUAGAAUUAGUCUCAAAUGGUUUGAUGCGGCCUUCAUGGAGGGAGAUGUGGUGGUUUUCAUCAAUUUGAUGGAGGCACAUGCGCGUGGAAUAGCGGCGACGCAAGGAAGGAGCGCGAGGAAGGUAGAAAAAUAUUUGAUGGAGAAGAGUAAGAUGGCGGAAGAACUGAUCAAUAGGUACUUCGAAAAACCGGGAAGUGCCAGGAAGGUACAGUUUCCACCGAAUCUGCUUCCAUUCAUCGAUUUUCUGAUUCAGAGUUAUGUUACAAGUGAUCCGAGAGAGGCAGAGAUGAAAACCAUUUGGUUCCUGGAUGGUUACGGUGUCCAGAUUUCUCGUGCUAUUUUCCAAAAUCGUGAUUCGUAUCGCACUGAAGAGGAGGUCGUAGAGGUGUGGAGGUUACUGGAUAAAUAUAAAGCAGAAGGCAUCCAGUCGAAUGAUGAUGUGUGGGGCCUCCUCAAAGGCGCUGAAAUGGCUUUUAAGUUCGGAAUAAUUUCCCUUUUCGAACGUUUUUGCACCGAAAUCAUGAAGGUCUCGAUUCAAGCUGACCAAAAGAAAGUAGUGUUCUCUAUCCUUUACAUGUUAGCGCGCAGCCUGGGCGAUUUUGCGCCAGGUUGUUUUCCGGAACAAAGCGCAGGAGAGUUUCUGGAGGAGCACACGCCAUGCAAAUACUUUGAAGCGGUCAAGAGCCGUCUCAAAGAUGAAGAAGAUUUUCAUACUAUCCGCAAUUUAUUUGUCGAGUCUAUCAUACGGCUCAUAUCCACCGCGACGCGGGGUGGAAUCACGGAGAGGCGGGGCUUCGAAAUUCUUGACUGGAUGCGUCAAGCAAAGUUUAAGUUUGACAAUCGUCACAUGGACAUAGCGUUCACUUGCUUGAGCGAAUCGGUUGUCGCGUACUUUCACGAAGUAGCCGGUGUCGGUUUUGGUGACCAUGCCUGGUACUACAUGCAGAAGACCAUGGAAGGAUUGCGCAUUAGCAUGUUUGAUUAUCUCAUUGAGAAGGGAGCCAUUGGGGAGAAGCCCGACGUAAAUAGAUUAAAGACACUUCUCUUGGACAUGUGCGAGAACGGUCAGAACAUCAAACGGAUUGCUUUUGAUGAAAACGUCGAGGAGCAACUUGCUUUAUUCGUGGAAGCUAUCGAACAACUCACGGAUACGAGCGAAGAGGACAAGGAAACCCUCAGACACAUUCACGAUCUUUUUGACGAACACAAAGAAUCAAUGUCUGAGGGCGUGUACAUCAAGGUGAUGCAAUUUAUUCAGCGGGCGCACGAUGAGGCCGAGGAUGUCAGAGAGGACGAUGAACUGCGACGCAAAAUCGAACAAGUUAUCGCAGACAGGUUGGCCGUAUUGAUCGACCUCGAUUAA